AUGUGGAGACCAACAGGUCACCUAGACAUCAUGGAUCUCAACAACGACACCUUCUUAGUGACUUUCUCAAAUGAGCAAGACUACCUGACAGCUUUAACCGGAGGGCCUUGGGUUAUUCUGGACCACUACCUAGUGGUACAUCAAUGGUCGCCGUCUUUCCGCACUGGACAGAAGCCCUACCGUUCAGUUGUUGCCUGGAUUCAACUCCCCGAACUGCCUGUCCACUUCUAUAACAGAGAAGUCCUGUUUGCUAUAGGCAAUCUGAUCGGUCGGACGGUGAAAUUAGACUACCACACCGAACAUCGCCAAAGGGGGAAAUUUGCUCGGAUAGCUGUGGAACUGGACAUGUCCAAGCCGGUGCCGUCUCGCAUCCACCUCGACGGUUUUUGGCAAGCGGUACAGUAUGAAAAUCUUCCCCUAAUUUGCUUUGAAUGUGGGUGUGUGGGGCACUCGGAUGAUUCAUGCCCAUCCCGGAAACCACAUUCGGACAUGGAAAUUGUGGUGGCCCAAACCAGCGAUCGGAGAACGGCGGCGGACGAUUCGACGCCGGAGCCACCACCGGGAUAUGGCCCCUGGAUGCAAGUAACGAGGAAAUCACGGAAGCAAUCCGGGAAAGUUACCCCUUCUGGCGAGCAAAAUCAGAAAAAUCGUCAUAACGGCCAAAUGGAGGCGGGGCGUCAAUCAAGCAAAACCACCAGUAAGGGAAACUCGCAAAAUCAAACGGUCACUAGCUUGAGGGAUGGAAAUGGAAAGGAAACAGCCAUGACAGAGCAGCGGCAGGGUCCCUCGACAAACCAAAAGGGGAAGGCGAUCAAGGAGACGGAUUCUCUGAAAACCUCCCACAAAAAUUCCGUCAAUAAAGUCUGGCGCCCAAUUGGACCAAGCGAGGCAUCUUCAUCCAAAGAUGGCCGAGACAUACUCAAGCCCAUGGUUAAGCCCAACGCCACCAAGAAUACCGAGGUUUCUGCUUCGGUACCAUCUGGGCCGAUAACCCAAAUUUUGGGCCCCAAUAACACUAAAAUUCAAGUUGUUGCUGUCCCCUCCCUUCAACUCCUGGCGAAGGAAAAUGUGGACCCAAAUAAAGCCCCAUCGUCGAUCAGACAGCACUACAAGAAAAAAUUGAAGGAAAAUUCGCCGCCGCAUGGUAAGACAAAAGGUCUCAGCCUCAAGUCGAACAAGAAGGCGGUGACAGUUCCAACAAAUGCCAAAAGGGAGCUAAAAAAGGAACUAAACCGUAAUGUCAAAAAUGCAGCUUUCCCGAUCACCGUUCAAGCUAUUGAGGCGUUCUUCGCCAGCAAUCCCAGCUUAGCCGCGCUCGCAAAUAAACAAGGGACUGAUGGCAGUGAUGAUCUUAUGGAAGAGCGGACAGUGGAGCGGGAAGCCGCGGAGAAUCGGGAGCUGAUCGUCGGUCAGCAGCCCACCGACUCCAACACUACCUUGGCUGACUGA